AAUGCAUAGAAGAAGUAAGAAUUUAGAAACCCCAACAUUUUAUUACUCGAGAGAGAGAGAGAGUAACGCGCGAUCUCCUCGUCGUCGUUGUGGUGGUGUUGUGGCGAUCCCAUCGCCUCUUCCGAAUCCGUCCACGGCGUAGAUCUCCUCUUCUUCGUCGUCUCGGACGCGCCAGAUCCGACGCCGGAUCCUGAGGGUUUGUUGUAGUCGCCAGCGUGGGAGGAGGGUGACGGAGGAGGAGGAGGAGGAGGAGGAGGGGAGGAGAUGUUGACGAAGUUCGAGACGAAGAGCAACCGGGUGAAGGGGCUCAGCUUCCACAGCAAGCGACCGUGGAUCCUCGCGAGCCUCCACAGCGGCGUGAUCCAGCUAUGGGACUACCGGAUGGGAACCCUAAUCGACCGCUUCGACGAGCACGACGGGCCCGUGCGCGGCGUCCAUUUCCACAAGACGCAGCCCCUCUUCGUCUCUGGAGGAGAUGACUACAAGAUCAAGGUCUGGAACUAUAAGACCCACCGGUGCCUUUUUACGCUUCUUGGCCACCUCGAUUACAUCCGCACUGUGCAAUUCCAUGACGAAUACCCGUGGAUAGUUAGUGCAAGUGAUGAUCAAACAAUUAGGAUCUGGAAUUGGCAAUCUCGAACUUGCAUCUCAGUACUAACUGGCCACAAUCACUAUGUCAUGUGUGCUUCUUUCCAUCCAAAGGAGGACUUGGUCGUCUCUGCUUCCUUGGAUCAAACUGUUAGGGUUUGGGAUAUUGGGGCUUUAAGAAAAAAGACGGUUUCGCCAGCUGAUGAUAUGUUGAAAUUGAGCCAAAUGAAUGCUGAUUUGUUUGGGGGAGUUGAUGUGGUUGUUAAAUAUGUACUGGAAGGUCACGAUCGUGGCGUCAAUUGGGCUUCUUUCCACCCCACCUUGCCUCUUAUUGUAUCUGGAGCUGAUGACCGGCAAGUGAAGUUGUGGCGCAUGAAUGAUACGAAGGCUUGGGAAGUGGACACACUGCGUGGCCACAUGAAUAAUGUGUCCUGUGUAAUGUUCCACGCUAAGCAAGAUAUCAUCGUAUCCAAUUCUGAAGACAAAUCCAUCCGCAUAUGGGAUGCAACAAAACGAACAGGUAUACAAACUUUCCGCCGCGAACAUGACCGUUUCUGGAUUCUUGCUGCCCACCCUGAAAUGAACCUUCUUGCUGCCGGUCACGACAGCGGCAUGAUCGUAUUUAAAUUGGAAAGAGAGCGCCCUGCUUUUUCGUUGAGUGGUGAUACUUUAUAUUAUGUAAAAGAUCGGUUCUUGAGGGUAUAUGAGUUUUCAACUCAAAAGGACACACAAGUGGUUCCUAUAAGAAGGCCUGGGUCGGUCUGCUUGAACCAGGCACCGAGGACAUUGUCAUACAGCCCUACAGAAAAUGCUGUUUUAAUCUGUUCUGAUGUUGAUGGAGGAUCAUAUGAGCUCUAUAUUGUACCUAAAGAAGCUGCGGGAAGAGCUGAUUAUAUCCAAGAAGCUAAAAAAGGAGCUGGUGCUUCAGCUGUGUUUGUAGCUCGAAAUAGGUUUGCUGUUCUCGAAAAGAGCAAUAAUCAAGUGUUGGUGAAAAAUUUAAAGAAUGAAAUUGUGAAGAAGAGUGCACUUCCCUUUGCGACCGAUGCAAUUUUUUAUGCUGGAACAGGAAGCUUGCUGUGUAGGGCGGAGGAUAGGGUGUUAAUUUUUGAUCUUCAGCAAAGAAUGGUUCUUGGUGAACUUCAGACACCAGCAGUCAAGUAUGUAGUUUGGUCCAGUGAUAUGGAAUCUGUUGCUCUUUUGAGCAAACAUGCUAUAGUUAUUACUAAUAAGAAAUUAGUACACCGGUGCACACUUCAUGAGACUAUUCGAGUUAAAAGUGGUGCCUGGGAUGAAAAUGGUGUCUUUAUUUACACAACCUUAAACCAUAUCAAGUAUUGCCUUCCUAAUGGGGACAGUGGGAUCAUAAAAACUCUAGAUGUCCCUAUUUACCUAACUAGGGUCUCUGGGAAUGUUAUCUAUUGCCUGGAUCGAGAUGGGAAGAGUAGGGUUAUCUCAAUUGAUGCUUCGGAGUACAUUUUCAAGCUUGCCCUUCUAAGGAAAAGAUAUGAUCAUGUGAUGGGUAUGAUAAAGAACUCUCAACUAUGUGGACAGGCUGUUAUUGCUUAUCUUCAACAGAAAGGGUUUCCUGAAGUGGCUCUCCAUUUCGUCAAAGACGAGAGGACUCGAUUCAAUCUGGCUGUUGAAAGUGGUAAUAUACAGAUUGCCGUUGCUUCUGCAAAAGAAAUAGAUGAGAAGGACUAUUGGUACAGGCUUGGUAUUGAGGCUCUAAGGCAGGGGAACACUAGCAUUGUGGAAUAUGCUUAUCAAAGGACAAAGAACUUUGAGAGACUAUCUUUCUUGUAUCUUGUGACCGGUAACAUGGAUAAGCUAUCCAAGAUGCUUAAGAUAGCGGAGAUUAAGAAUGAUGUAAUGGGUCAGUUUCACAAUGCCAUGUAUUUGGGUGAUAUUCGCGAACGGGUUAAAAUCUUGGAAAAUGUUGGUCAUUUGCCUCUUGCUUAUGUCACUGCUGCCACUCACAGGCUUAAUGAAGAAGCCGAGCGGCUUAAAGCUGAAUUGGGUGAUAAUGUCCCCUCUAUACCUGAAGGAAAAACCUCUUCGCUUUUAAUGCCACCACUACCUCUCAUGUGUAGUGGGGAUUGGCCAUUACUAAGAGUGAUGCGUGGUAUUUUUGAAGGUGGAUUGGAUACUUUAGGAAGGGCGGGACAUGACGAAGAAGAAGAGGAAGCUGAUGGUGCUGAGUGGGGUGAUGCUGAACUGGAUAUUGCUGAUGUGGAAGGCAUGAUACAGAAUGGUGAUGUAACAGCAGAAGCCGAUGAGGAUGAAGUGAACGAAGAGAAUGAUGAGGAAGGAGGAUGGGAUCUAGAGGAUUUGGAAUUACCGCCUGAGCUAGAAACACCAAAAGCUUCUGCUAAUUCUCGUUCUACUUUGUUCGUGGCCCCCACACCUGGCAUGCCUGUGAGCCAAAUCUGGACCCAGAAAUCCUCCUUGGCAGGUGAGCAUGCUGCUGCUGGAAAUUACGACACUGCCAUGCGCUUACUUAGCCGCCAAUUGGGUAUUAAGAAUUUUGCCCCUUUGAAACCACUAUUUUUGGAUCUAUACACGGGCAGCCACACAUACCUUCAAGCUUUUGCUACUGCUCCAGUUUUCUCUCUUCCUGUUGAAAAAGGAUGGACUGAAUCUGCUAGCCCUAAUGUUAGGAACCCGCCAGCACUUGUGUUCAAAUUCUCACAAAUGGACGAAAAGCUUAAGUUAGCUUAUCGAGCCACCACUGAGGGAAAAUUUCCAGAGGCUCUUAGGCAGUUCCUUAAUAUUUUACACACUAUGCCACUCAUUGUGGUGGAUUCAAGAAGGGAAGUUGAUGAAGUGAAGGAAUUGAUUGAGAUAGCGCGAGAAUAUGUUCUUGGAUUGAAGAUUGAAGUGAAAAGAAAGGAAAUCAAAGACAAUGUGGUCAGGCAACAAGAGUUGGCAGCUUAUUUCACCAAUUGUAAGCUUCAAAAGAUUCAUAUGAGGCUCGUUCUUACGAGUGCUAUGACCAUAUGCUUCAAAGGAGGGAAUUAUGCGACUGCAGCUAAUUUCGCGAGAAUGCUUCUAGAGAAUAGUCCGAGUGAGGCCCAAGCGAAGAAGGCAAGGCAGGUGCUUCAGGCUUGUGGAGAUAAGAAAGAUGCUAAUCAGCUCAAUUACGAUUAUAGAAAUCCCUUUGUUGUUUGUGGGGCUACUUUCGUUCCAAUCUACCGCGGCCAAAAGGACAUUUCCUGCCCAUAUUGUGGGUCCCGCUUCAUGCCAGCCAUUGAGGGGCAAAUCUGCACUGUUUGUGAGCUGGCGGUGGUGGGUGCUGAUGCGUCGGGUCUUCUCUGUUCCCCUUCCCAGUCAAGAUAGUCGUGAGGAGGUACUCAUUUUAUCUCAUGAUCCAUCUUUCCUUUUAUUGAUAAUUAGGAUAAAGACUAUUAUGUUAUAUCUUGUUCCGUACCUUAAUGAUUGUGUGGUUAAAGGUAAAGCAAUAAUAAGAAUAGGAAAUGUUAUAGUUGGGUGUUUUUUGCUCGGUUUAUUUUUGGCGCCUAUUAAAUGUAGGGUUUCGGUUAAUUCUUGCAGAUCUUUUUGUCACAUGAGACAGUGUAAGAGAUUCUAUUUGCUUCAGAAUUCGCAGUUUUAUAUUUAUUUAU